AUGCGAACAAGUCGACGCGUCGGAAACGCCCCACCAGCCAAAAAGAGCACAAAAUCCGAGCUACAUUCGAAGCCCAUUAAAUCCGAAUCCAACCCCUCGAAACCCACCAAGCCAGUUGCAACUCCUUCCAACGACUCGAACCGCGAUUCAAACGGCUGCCAAGAAGUCUACUGGCUCCUGAAGGCGGAGCCGCUCCCCCGCUACGAGAACGGCACCAACGUAGCCUUUUCCAUCGAUGACCUAGCCGCAUGUACCCAGCCUGAACCCUGGGGCGGCGUGCGGAACCCACAAGCACGAAACAACAUGCAAGCCAUGCGCAAAGGCGACCUGGGCUUCUUCUACCACAGCAACGCGAAGCCGUCAGGCGUCGUUGGUGUGCUCAGGGUGGUAGAGGAAGCUAAAGUGGACGAGACGGCGUUCGACAGCAAGGACCCGUACUACGAUUCCAAGAGCGACAGAGCGAAGCCGAAGUGGUAUUGUGUGGGCGUGGAGUUUGUCCAGAAGUUUGAUUCGGUGGUUGACCUCAAGAGCAUCAAAGAUGAUGCCGCGAAUGGUGGCAAGCUGAAGGAUAUGCAGCUCAUCACGAAUGGAAGGUUGAGUGUCUGUCGUGUGCGGAAAGCAGAAUGGGAUUGCAUUCUCGACAUGGCUGGAUGCAAGAUACAGGAUCAAAAGCGUGGUGAGGCAAAGGAAAUACACCAAGACAAAGCAGCCGCUUGA